AUGUCUACACACUCCGCCGUCGCAACAGUGGCUAAGAAGGCGCCUCUUGAGAUCAUCCAAGUUCCCACUACAACCCCGGAAGCGCAGCAGGUUCGCCUUCGUGUUGAGUGGACUGCCUCCACACCCCUCGAUCUGCACCAGAACGACGGGGCCUUACUCGUAAAGCACCCUCAGGUCCUUGGCGACAGUGUCGCUGGUACCGUGGUCGAAGUAGGAUCGGAAAUCAAGCGACUGAGGGUUGGAGACAAAGUGUUCGGCUUUACCUGGAAGACCCAAGCUCAAAAGGCCUAUCAGGAAUUCUGUACUACAGACGAAUGGCUUCUGGCCAAGCUACCCGAAGGCUUCACUCCGAUGGAGGCUGUAACGCUUCCGAAUAACUUUGUAACCGUAUUCCACUCUCUUACGACAGAUCUGGGCCUGGAAACACCCUGGCCGAAACCUGAGAGUUAUGUGCCUGACGAUGCCGACUCUGCGAUAUUGGUCUGGGGUGGCUCCUCGUCAGUGGGUCAAUUCGCCAUCCAGAUCCUGCGCUACUACGGUUACGAGAACAUUCUGGCGACAGCGUCUCAGAAACACCACGAGAAGCUACGCAUCCUUGGCGCGUACAAGGUGUUCGACUACAACAAUCCAGAUGUCGUUGAGUCUGUCCUGAAGUCUGGUGGUGACCGCGGAGUUCCACUGGUCUAUGACUGUAUCGGCAGCCUGAAGGGUAGCAUCGCACCGAUCGCCAAGCUCGCGAAGAAGGGUGCCAAGGUCGCCGUACUACUACCCGUGGUUGUGCGCGAUUCGACCGAGACAGAGGACCCAGAGUAUGAGAUGGACGUGGGCAAAGUGGCCAAGUGGAAUGACGGGGUCGAUAAUGAGUUCUUCAAACACCAUCUUCAGCCCGACAUCAUGCCGACUUUGUUGAAGGAUGGUGUUGUGACGCCGCAAAAGCAAAGGAUCGUUGAGGGCGCGACGCUGCUGGAGAGGGCGCAGAAGGCGAUGGACAUGCUGAGACGCAAAGAAGCGAGUAUGGAGCGUCUUGUCUGGCGGGUCAGCGACGCAUAG